CACAACUUUUCAUCAUUCCCUAAAUACAUUACACACUUUUUCUUUCCAUAUUGUUCAUAUUAUUUUUUUUCAGUCCCGCAGAUGGCUGGGGUUGAGGUUGAGAAAACAGUACCAAACACAGAAGAGAAGACGAUGACUGAGAUGCCUAAGGAAACCGUUCAUACAACGACAGAUGACUCGGUCACUGCAGUUGAAGUAGAAAUAAAAGAAGACGAAGAAGUACCAAAGGUAGAGAAAGAGACUGAAACAACCGAGACAGCACCGGUUAAAGACAAGAAACCGGUUGAAAUUCCCGCAGCUGCGGAAGAGAAAGAUGUCAAGCCGGCGGCAGAAGAGGAGAAGACUGUUGAAGUCAAGACAGCGUAAUAAGCUUCCUGUUGAACCCAAGGGAACAUUUCUCGUCUUUCUUUUCUCUUUGUUUUUGGUAAAUCCUAUUGUCUUACGAGAUAUAAGGUGAUGAUGAUUAUACAUAAUAGUAAUAAGACAAUUCAGGUACUAGUAUGA